AUGCAACCAAACCACCCUCCCUACGGGCAACAUCCCAUGCCCAUGCAGCCUCCUCAGAGGCGCGAUGGCUCGUACGCGGGCAUGGUGCCUCCCAUGAGGGCUCAUUCGCAAUAUCAAUUUUAUCCACAUCAGAUGGCUCCUAUGAUGCCCCAAUACCCUCAGCACUAUCCGCCGAACUGGUAUGGCUAUCAACCACAACAACACAUGCAUCCUAUGCAUGGCAGACAGCCAUAUUAUCCUCAUCUCCCUAUGCCACCGCCUCAAUAUCCUCCUACUGCUCCGCCGCCCCAUCACGGACCUCUGGUUGUAUCCUCCCAACCUCACGUGCAGCCCAGGCCUCGACACGCGCAAGGCCCAGCAUCGCUGCCGCCGCAACCGACCUCUGCCGCUCCCUCCAUUGCCUCAAAUCCCGUUCAAACACCGCCUUCUCCUCCGCUAAGCACCUCAAGCACUGUGAAUACAAGAAAGGAUAACAUCUCCCCCGCCAUUUCACCUGCCCCCCAACGAGUACAAAGCCCGGCCCUUGAUGCUCCUAGGGAACCUUUUUACCCUCCAGUUCCCUGGCUGUCUGUUGAGGGCGAGCCUUUCCCACCACGUGCUCCUCGACAGAGACGGCGAAUUCCUCGUUCACUCCUGGCCGCGGAACCAGUGGUCUACCCCUUGGUCGAACCAGUGCCUCAGGAGCCAGCUGCUUCAGCAACCAACGAAGAAGCAGCGUCACAAGAGCAGUUGGAGGCUGUGUCACAAGAGAAGGAUGUUAUCGCAGACGCCUCGACAGAACAGCCCAUCACACAGGAAUCAACACCUCUGCCAUCGGAUGCGCCGUCUGAUGUUGCAUCUACCCAACCAACAACCCCAUCCUCUGCCGUCCCUGCUCCACUAUCAAAACCUCAGCAAACUCCGACUCAGCCAAAGGCUCGACCUGUUGGCCCCGUCUUGCCAGCUGUACCUGUCCUGCCGUCUAGCCCUUCUGCAGCACGCUCGACCCACCGUGAUUCAGUCGUCUCGACACAAUCAAAGCUAUCCGAGUCGGCACAGCCAUCUGUAGAAAUAACGGAGCCCCGGCCCACCUCCUCUGACGCGUCAGAGGCGAAGCUAACCUCUGAAACUGCCGCGCCUAGUGUUUCGGCUCCGCCUCCGCCAAAAUCUUGGGCCAAUCUUUUCAAGUCGAAUGAUUUACGGACUGGUCCGUCUGCGGCCUUGCCUUCCAAGGCGGCCUCGACUAUCUCUGGAACCGCAAAGAGUGAAACCCUAUCCGAUGUGCUGAACGACAUGAAUUCGAUCGUGGAAGCACCGACUCAGAUCUCUUUCUUAAAACCGCGCGGUCUUGUCAAUACCGGCAACAUGUGUUAUAUGAAUUCUGUGUUGCAAGUCCUUGUUUUCUGCCUGCCAUUCUACGAUUUCAUAGCGAAACUGGCUGACAGAGCUCCACAUUCAUUCAAGAGCGACACUCCCCUGAUCGAUGCAAUGAUAAUGUUUGUACGAGAGUACCCCAACAUCUGCUCUGCGAACUCUGUGGAACAGCUCCGUCUGCGCUUGAAGCCAGAUGAUUAUGAAAACUACGGCGACUCUUUCAUUCCUGAGUAUGUUUAUGCUGCCAUAAAAGAUUUGCCUCGGUUUCGGGAAAUGAGGAGGGGCCAUCAGCAGGACGCUCAAGAGUUUCUAGGCUUCCUGCUGGAAGAACUGCAUGAAGAAUGUGCUCGUGCCAUGAGAUCUACCACAGCUUCAAGCUCCGGUCGGACUACGCCUGUGGGCAGUGUUUCCAAUGCCUCCGAACACGCUGAUGCUGAAAAUGGUUGGAUGGAAGUGGGUCAUAAACAGAAGCCCGCUGUCACUCGAUCUUCAGGGGUGAUUGCUGCGGAAUCUCCUGUGACCAGUAUCUUUGGCGGAAAGCUUCGGUCCGAGUUGAAGGUUUCCGGCAACAAGUUGUCUGUCACUUUAGAGCCAUACUCACCGCUGCAGCUUGAUAUUGGCUCUCCUCAAGUAAACAACAUCAUUGAUGCUUUGAAAGGGCUUACCAGACCGGAGAGUAUGCAAGGUGAUUUUUAUACCCCAAGAGGAGUCAAGGCCACGGCGACAAAACAAGUCUUUAUUGAGACUCUACCUCCUGUCCUGAUCCUACACCUCAAACGCUUCCAUUAUGAUAACACCACCAAACGUGCGGAGAAGAUCUGGAAAAGAGUCGGCUAUCCUCUGGAACUCGAGAUCCCGAAGGACGUAUUCCCUCUGCAGGUUCGGAACAAGUACACAGCGCACGGCGGGUUACCCAAAUACCGCCUCACGGGGGUCAUCUAUCAUCAUGGCAAGAACGCCAACGGUGGCCACUAUACGGUUGAUAUCCGCCGCCAAGAUGGUCGUGAAUGGAUCCGUAUGGAUGACACAUUACUGCGUCGCAUCAGGGCUGAAGAAGUUGCCGAGGGUGGCAGCGAAGAAGAUCCUAAGGUCCUUGCAGCAGCCCUGGAGCGCCACACACCCAGCGGCAACCGAUUCGAGCAAUUCGAUCAAGGAACUGAUGAAGAUGAUACUUCGGACAACACUUGGAGCCAAGUCAAUGGGCAUUCAAGAUCCAAAUCGACCAUGAGCGCCGUCUUAAACGGAUCUUCCACACCAAAAGACUCAUCCGGGAAGCAGACGCCAAAUCCCAAGUACGUCGUCAAGGACAAUAAAGUUGCCUAUCUAUUGUUCUACCAGCGGAUCUCCAAUUGA